AUGUACGUACCUGAAAGGCUAAGGGCUCGUAUAUUAUUAUAUUACCACUCCAGUAGAGUAGGGGCACAGAAGAUGAUUGUUAGAAUCAAGAAACACUUCUACUGGCCCUUGUUAGCUAGAGAUUGCGUCGACUUUACCGCUGGUUGUCUUACUUGUCAACGACGUAUGAAUAUGGUCAAUCUGGUUGGUAAAGGUGUGUUACUAUCCACGGACUUCAACAUACUGGUAUCUGUUGAUGCCAUCGGACCAUUCAUGUAUAGGGAGAAUGGAGCCAUGUAUGCUGGAAGAGACUUCUGUGACAAAGUCGAGUCAUUGGGUAUCCGAACCAGCAACGCGACACCGCAAUACCCUCAAGGUAAUUCGAUGGUGGCGUCAUUCCAUCACUUCCUCAAAGGUGCAUUGUCCAGGACAAGUGUGAAUAACUGGUCCUUUGAAAAAUUACGUUUCGAAGCGUUUGAACAAGCCAUCAGCCGACAAGCACUAACAUCCACGAAGAAGGAUGACAGGAAGUUCGAGCUCGGUGAUGGUGAAAUAUAUCAAUUAACUAAGAAGGACAGCGAGAAGUUAGUAAAAUACUACGGCACCGACAAACUCAUGCUUGCUUGGUCUGAACAGAUGCGAAUUACCAAAGUUCUACAUCCGCAACAAGGGACUUAUUUACUAGAAUCUGUCUGGCAUAAAGGCUUUAAACGCCAAGUAAAUAAACGCAGCCACGUUGUUUCCAUCCAAUGCCAACCAGAGGAGAAGGCAGACCAAUAA